AUGGCGGCAUAUCAGCAUGAGCUACGUCAGCAGGAUGAGGUUGCGGAGAAGGUGUUACGGCGGGCACAAGUGUCCAAGAUGACUAGAGCCCUACAAGAUCGUCUUGCAUUGGCAAACGUCAAGAUACAGAAUGGCUGGGAGAAUAUGAGUCUAGACGCCAUUGAACCACAACUAGAGCAACGGAUGAGAAUGAAGAGACCAGCAUCCAGUAAUGAUACCAUAUCCGAUACAGCGUCGACCACAUCAAGCAAACUACAGUCAAGUCUUGCAUCGUCACCCCUCACGGCCCCCAUGUUCUCGGACGACUUCCCACGAUCUGGCAGCCUAUACAGCAACAAGAAGUCACGACCAUCCGCAGCCACUGUCCAGCGUACUGCCACCUCUGGACCAGCAACAAGAAGCCGAAGGCCACGAGUGGCCACCCGCGCAGCAUCCUGGAAGAGCCAACAUAGUCUGCCGGAAUCAUCUCCAAUCAACCACUCCAAGCAUGCUCGAUUUGCCUCAAACACCAUCUCCCAUCUCUCCUUCAUCUCCGAAGGUUCCACGAUCCCCGACAGCCCACCCUCGCCGGUCCACAGCGAAGACGAUGAUACCGAUCUCCCCGUCACAUCCUUCAGCAUCAACGCAUCCACCAAAAUCACAUCCUCGCCCCCACAAACACCACCACCCGACCGCCGCAUGCGAAAAGCACAUAACGUGUCCUGGUCGCGCACCCCUAAGAAUGGUGACGACGGCGCAGACCUACUAAUGUUCCUCGCUACCUCGCCCUCUCCGGCCAAGCAGGCAUUUGCUCCCACGGUUGUCGCACCGCCUUCCACACCACCUUGCAAAGCUACACCGCUCCCAUCCUCACACAUGACGCCUGGUACUAGUGGCAUGGGCUUCAUGGGUUUCGGGCCUGUCACACCAGGAACAGCGAACUUCAACUUCGCGGACUUCGUCAAUGUCACACCCAGUCCUGCGCAAGGCCCUUGGCAACGGACUCCUGUUGCUGGCAGGACACCGGCGGCGGCGAGGGAGGCGAGGAGGAGACUCAAUUUCGAUUCGCUGCAUCCACCGUCCACUGCGGCGGGCAGCAGUCCCAAAAUGACGAGAAGUGUGAAGAGUGAAGGGCUGGGGAUGGAGUGGGGCGGAGCACUGGGUUCGUGA